AUGGCCACCCACAGUGUGACACUGCUCAUCUGCCUCUGUGGGCUGGCUGGGAACGGGGCUGUGCUCUGGAUCCUCGGGUUCCGCAUCCAGAGGGACACCAUGAAACCCAUCACUGCCUACAUCCUUGACCUGGCCAUCAUCAACUUCCUCUUCCUCAUCUUCAUGGCACCCUCCACUCUGCUCUUCCUGCUGGAGGAUUUCUCCUGCUCCUCCAUCAUAUCCCCAGCAUCUAUGCUCUUCCUUUUCCUCCUCUUCCCGAUGUUCCACAGCAUAGGGCUGUACCGGCUGACGGCCAUCAGCAUCGAGAGGGGCAGGUCCAUGCUCUGCCCACCUGGGCUCUUCUGCCACCUUCCCCAGGACCUCUCAUGGGUGGUGGUCAGUGCCAUGCUCUGGGCCCAUUCCAUCACUGCCAUCGCUGCCAUUUCUGCGGUGAAUUCCCUGUGCCAGUCACAGGAACACNAGCAGGACACGCAGAAGGAUCUCUCCUUAUUUCUGUGUGUGUUGUGA